AUGAGCAAACCUCUGAUGCGUAUCCCGUAUACGGAGGUUUUCCCGCCGCCUCACAUCAUCCCCUCCAGCGCAAAGACCUUUGACGGCGCCGUUGAUGCGCUGAAGGAAUUCUUGACGCAUCCUUCUCCAAGAGGGCUUCCUGCUUCGACCGUCCUCCUUUCCGGUGCCGGGCUUUCGGUCGCGAGUGGGUUGGCAGAUUACAGGGGCGUCAAUGGGACCUACCGGGUCAAUAAGACCUACCGGCCAAUAUGGUAUCACGAGUUCGUCACAAGACAUGAACACCGCAAACGAUAUUGGGCCAGGAGUUUCCUGGGCUGGACCACUCUGCAGAAAGGCCACCCCAACGCCGGUCACCUGGCCAUACGAGAUCUAGGCAAACUUGGCCUAGUUAGCAGCGUUAUCACGCAAAACGUCGACUCAUUUCACCCACGAGCCCACCCUGAUGUACCAACCCUUGAAUUGCACGGCUAUCUACGCUCCACCGUCUGCACGUCAUGUCGACAUGAGUUCCCUAGAGAUGUCUUUCAGGACGAACUGGCGAGGCUGAACCCGGAGUGGGCCGCUCUUCUCGCUCGAGCCGUCGCAUCUGGCGCCCUUGAGAGCGAGAAUCCCGAUGAGCGACGAGCCAAAGGAAUUCGGACGAAUCCAGAUGGCGAUGUGGAUGUACCCAACGCGCCAUACACCACCUUCCGGUAUCCACCCUGCCCGCGAUGUCUGGCAGAACCUCCUGUACUAGCAGACGGCACCCGAGGCGUCGUCGAGGUGGAUGCCGAGGGAGCUUGGAAGCCUCCAAGCAAUGCGGGCAUCCUGAAACCAAGUGUUGUCAUGUUUGGUGAGAGCAUAGCAGACCAUGUCAAGCGUUCAGCGGAAGCGGCGAUUGAUGAUGCGGGCAAGCUUCUUAUUGCAGCUACUUCCCUGGCCACAUAUUCGGCGUGGAGGAUCGCCAAGCGGGCCAAGGACCGUGGUAUGCCGGUUGCUAUACUCAACAUCGGGGGAGUCAGGGGCGAGGAUGUCUUCUUCGCAGGCUUAGACCCGCUACAGAAGGGGAGCCAAGGUGUUCGUGCAGAAAUGCCCACUGAAAAGCUUCUGCCUGCUGUAGUCGAGGAGCUACGACGUGGUUCCUCAAACGACAGUACUAUCCGCGAUAUUGCGACUCCUCUUGAGCGCGAUGGUUCUGCCAUGUUCAAGGAUCUGUUGUCAUAG